AGCAGCUCCAGGGUGAGGUGGACCUGCACUGAGUGUCCAGCCUGCACAAGGCCUCUCUCGAGAGCCUUGGGCCUGAUGGUUGGGACAUCCCUGUUCCACAGAGGAGGGAAGAAGGCUUACGAAAUUGUACCAGGCUCCCUUGAGGUCACACAGCAGCAAGCUCUGCCAGCUCCCAUCUGAGCCAGGUAGCAAGUGACUCAGGGCUGGGAACCAGCAGCUAUGGGAGCCAAGGGUGGAGUAGGAUCCACAAGCAGGUAUAAGGGGUGGCCAAGGAGUAAAUCUCGUCCUUAACACGGAGAACAUGAGGCUUCUCUUCUGGUUCCUUCUGGCCGUGGUCUUGAGCCUGGAACUAGCUAUAACACAGGGCAUGCAGUGUCACAUCUGCAAGGGGUUUGGAGGAUGUUCCCACCCGUCCAGAUGCCCAAGGAGCUCCACCCACUGCAUCAUCAUCGGCACCCGAGCUCCCAUCAGCUUCACAGACUUGCCUCUGGUGACAAAGAUGUGCUACAGCGGCUGCCCUGAUGUUGCCAGCUUGGGCUUGGGUCCUCACGUAUCCAUCGUUUGCUGCCAGUCGAAUCUCUGCAACAGGGACUGA